ACGAUGAGUGUGCAAUUCCUUUACAUACCCACUUCUUCGAUGAGAAAUACCAUAGCAUCGGUUGAACAGUUUAUUUUACGAGUAUCUUUAUCUUAAUGUGUGAAUUUGAUGUUAAUUUUCGUUUUGCAUCCUGUGAUUGUAAACAAAGUUCCGCUUCCGCGUCUUUUGACCGUUCAUUGGAAGGAUAACAAAGGGACUGGGCUCUACAGACAGUGUAACAACGUAAUGAUGAUAACGGUGAUAAUGGUGAUGACAGUUAUGAAAUAGGGAAUUGUUGCUGUUUAUGUCAAUCGAUAAGAGCUGCUCAAAACGAACUGAAGUUUCGCAAAGAUAACAGUAGGUUGAACCAUGACUCCAGCUGAAGACAUCUUCAUCCGCGUUGCAUUUUCUUUCGUGACAAUAGUUGGUGUGACAGGAAACAUCUUGGUUUGCCUCGUCGUCCUCCUCAACAAACCCAUGCGAACACCMAUGAACUACCUUCUYGUUAACCUUGCCAUCUCAGACAUGAUGUUACUGGUUUUCUUCACGCCUUUGUACAUCUUUAAAGGAACUUUCACACACCCAACUGGUGUAUCAGGAGAUGUUCUGUGCACUUUCGUCACAGGAGGAACGCUGGCUUGGUCAGGGGGGUACACGUCUGCUUUCUUCCUGGUUGCUAUCGCUAUAGAGAGGUUCUUUGCUAUUGCAAAGCCAAGUGACGUCAGACGAAGAAUCACAAAUCAGAAACUUAAACUUUUGGUUCCACUAUGUUGGAUUCUUGCUUUGGUUUGGAAUGCGAUUGGAUUUGCUUUCCAGAGAUACAACGAAGAUAUGGGAUUUUGUCUGGCAAAAUGGCCACACGAGCAUUCCCCCAAAGUCUACAGCGCWUUGUGUCUGCUUGUCGUCGGACUGAUUCCUGUGGGUACCAUGUUURUCUUGUAUUCAAGAGUUGUCUACAGUUUGUGGCUUAAACCAAAAAGAAACCCUUCCUUCACCGGCUUUWCUCAACUUGCUGUGAUGAAAAACCGCCARAAAGUCACMAAGAUAGUGCUWAUCGUUAGUACUGUGUACACAUUGUGUUGGAUCCCUGAACUCUGCAUUUACACCACGAGUGCCUACAGCCCCGCCCUUGUGGAGGGCAACAUUGCGUACCCCGUGUCUGUUGCCAUGGUGAGUGUCAACUCAGCCGUUAACCCCGUGAUUUAUUGUUUUCACAGUAGUCGGUUUCGUCGUCAUUUGAAAGAGUUAAUCUGUCGUGGACGGAGAGAGAUAUCUCUUGGAGACGGAGCUGUUGAAGAAGAUGAAUCUUGUGAACGGAAAGUACGAGGACUGGCUCUAAGGGGCAAGAUCAAAAGCAAGGAGCCGUCGACAAGUACUUGUUCUGCUUAAAAAACCUGCAGUAAAGAGCAAAAACAUUGUGCAUAAUUAAUUAAAAAGGUUAUAGUUAUUUAGUUUACGGAUUUGUACAGAUAUUUUGGACAAUGACAAAUGGGGAUAUUCACAUCCUUAUGUCAAACACUAUAUUCUUCUUCGUUUUCAGAUUAGCUAAUUUUAAGUUAUUAUGAUCGACGUUAUUUGUAAAUAAAAUUGUUGUUGUGCCGCCUCAACUCAGAUUAAGUCAAAAAGCCUAUAGCAGAAGAAAAUUGUAUUAAAAUUGUGUUUUAUUUACUUUAUUUAAAAAUUGAAUUAAAUCAUCAGAAUUAUAAGCAAAAGUGUAUAUCUAUUUGAGAAAGGGAAAAAAUUGUUUCUUACGAUAGGUGAAGUGUGAAGCAAUAAGGGAGGGGGCAAAUCUGGAAUCCGCAACAAUCGAAAUAAAAUCCAAUGAAAAAACAGGUACCGAAUCAAAAUUGCGUCCUGAAUCCAACAAACGCUGAAUCCUUACGAAAUGCUUCAUGCAAUUAUGUUCGGUUUUUGUGA